GAAGCCCAGUCUGCCUGUUCGUGUUUGGCUCCUAUUUCCGUGUUCAACCCACAGCGACUGAAUGAGUCUCAACCACCGACACGGCAGCAGCAGCAGCAGCAGCAGCAGCUCUCGAUCUGCUACCUGACGCAGAGAAACUGCGUCCCCGUGCGGGCAUCGUCGCCCACCCGCAUCGCUCCGCCGCCCGCAGCAGCAGCAGCAGCAGCAAUGCUCACGCGGGUGAAGACGGCCGUGGCCAGCCUGAUGGGAGGCGUGAUGGCCGCAGGGUCUAACGGAGACCAUCCCGGCGGCCCGGAGCUGCCGCUCAAAUUUCCGUACAGCAGACCGGAGUUCCUGGGACUGUCCGCCGACGAGGUGGAGUGCUCGGCGGAUCACAUCGCGAGACCGAUCCUGAUCCUGAAGGAGACCCGGCGGCUGCCGUGGGCCACCGGAUACGCGGAGGUGAUCAAUGCUGGGAAGAGCACCUUAAACGAGGACCAGGCCUGCUGCGAGGUGCUCAUGCUCAAAAGGAGGCGUCUGGAGAGCUCAGCGCCAAACCGAAACCCCGCUGCCCGCCGGAGGUCUUCCCUGCCCAACGGAGAGAGCCUCGGCCUCCGGGACAGCAGCGAUGGCUCAGAGGAUCUUACCUUCCACUACUGGGCGCUGUUCGAUGGCCACGCUGGUUCUGGGGCUGCCGUCAUGGCGUCUCGUCUUCUCCAUCACCACAUUGCGCUGCACCUUCAAGAAGUGAUGGAGAUUCUGUGCGCACCCGACCUGCUGCCGCCCACCUGCCUGGACGAGGAGCCCGUCAAUCACCUCCAGCCCGCAACGUCCACCCGCGCCCUGUCUAGGGCCGUAUCGCUACGGGGAGCCGCGGGCGCCCCGGGUUCGCCCAGCGCCCCGCCGGCGCGCUUCUUCACUGAGAAGAAAGUUUCGCAAGAAAGCCUGGUUAUCGGAGCCAUAGAGAACGCCUUCAAAGACAUGGACGUGCAGAUCGAGAAGGAGAAGGCGUCCUUCAACAUCUCAGGAGGCUGCACCGCUCUAAUGGUCGCCUGUCUGCAGGGGAAGCUGUACGUCGGCAACGCCGGGGACAGCAGAGCGAUCAUUGUACGAGCCGGGGAAGUCGUUCCCAUGUCGUCGGAGUUCACGCCGGAGUCGGAGAGGAAGCGGCUGCAGUUUCUGGCGUACAUGCAGCCACACCUGCUGGGGAACGAGUUCACACACCUGGAGUUCCCACGGCGCGUGCAGAGGAAGGAGGUGGGGAAGAGGAUGCUGUACCGGGACUUCACCAUGUCGGGAUGGGCCUAUAAAACCAUCGAGGACGAUGACCUGAAGUUCCCUCUGAUCUACGGCGAGGGGAAGAAGGCAAGAGUGCUGGCGACCAUCGGGGUCACGAGAGGCUUCGGGGACCACAACCUGAGAGUUCACGACUCCAACAUUUACAUCAAACCCUUUCUGUCCUGCUGCCCAGAGGUCAGAGUUUACCCCUUAUCGCAGUUCGAGCACGGACCAGAUGACGUUCUGAUUCUGGGAACCGACGGCCUGUGGGACGUCCUCUCUAACCAGGAAGUGGCCGAAGCGGUCGCCGGUUUCCUGGCGAACUGCGACCCAGACGACCAGCACAGGUACACAAUGGCCGCUCAGGACCUGGUCAUGAGGGCGCGCGGCGAGCUGAAGGAUCGCGGCUGGAGGAUAUCCAACGACAGAUUGGGUUCCGGAGACGACAUCUCCGUCUACAUCAUCCCCCUCGUGUACGGGAACAAGCAGAACUAGCAGAGGAACAAUAGACAGCCCAAAAUGUUUUCCUCUUUUUUGUUGUUUUGUUGUUGUUGUAAAAACAUGCGGAUUUCCGGGAAGGAUCCGUUUCUUCUUCUCCGAACUUGGAUUUCUUUCUGUGGUAAAGAAGAAAACGAGAAACCAGACAAGGAAAGGAGCGGCUGAUGACUUGAAUCUUUUUUUUUGUUUUGUUUGUUUUUUCUUUCUUAAGUCUCGAGGAAGCCAUCUUUAACUGAGACUCUCUGGCGGACGGCGCGGUGACGCGCGUCUCAGGACCGCCGUUACUUCACAGUGCACAAUAUUUAUAAAUGUGAUGCGUGUAAAUACCAGCACAGCGUUUGACAAAACUGGGAUUUGUGGAAUAUUUGUAUGAUGUACGAGGAAAAAAAAAAAAAAAAGGUCUUGGCACUGAAAUGGAGAAAAAUAAAAUGUCAAAUCAUUCGGAGUCUGUCAGCCAGGUUAGCGUUUCGGUGAACUAGACUUAGCAGAACUACAAUUCCCGGCCCAGGUUCGACUAAUCGAAAAAGAACGAACAAAAGGCCUCUUUCUGUUGCACUUUGAGAACUUUCUGUCUUCCUCUUCCUCAUUCCUUUCACUGACGGGUGCCUCCCUCACGAAUUGAUUAAUGUUUUUUUUUUUUUUUCAUAAAGUUCUUCUAAAUGACGCUGAGUGGACAAUCACCUUCCACGUCUACCAUCACUAUGUUGUUGUUGGGUUUUUUCCGUGUUUCUGUCCAGGUUGAGUUUUGUGAGUGCAAGAGGAACUUCAACUUAAAGUGCCUUGGAAAAGUAUUCACACCCCUUGAACCUUCACGCGUUUUGAAAUGGGCAGUCACACAAACUUCAGUGUUUAAUGGUGAUUAUUUGUUUUUGUUUGCCUGUCCUAAAUCAUCACAUAUGGGAGUAUAUGUGGACAUACAUUUUCACCUCUUGCAGCGUAUUCCCAAUAAUAUUUAGAUCUGGACUUUGACUAGGCCGUGCCAGCCCCAGUCCUAAUUUUUACCUACGCGUGUUUGUUUUCAGAUUGUUGAGUAUGAUGAAUAUUUUUAAUUUAAUUAGGCUGACAGCAAAUUGCUUCUGAAGCUAGUGGGUGGCUGCGUAAGUUUUAUUUUGCCGUAUCGGGAGUAAAACAUGUCGGAAAACAUGUUUGAUAUAUUAAGUUUGUGUUUAAAAUGUGACCAAAAGUGAAAAAAAAAAAAAAAAGAAAACUUUCAAAGAGUGUGAUUAGUACUGUACAGCACCAGAGGUUUUUUUGUUUGGAUUUUUUUUCCCGUCCAUAUUUCCAUUUUAUUGUUUUUAUGUGGAUCUCGUCUUGGUGUUAGCCGCUGUGUACAUUGGUGUAAAACGCGGGAACAGAGUCGAUUCAUUGAAAUGUUAAAAAAAACUCCAGCGGACGCUCUUCUGUCGAGGAACAAAAACAUGCAGUUUGCAAGAUUUUUAAAAUCAGAGGAUAGUUUAAAAAAAAAAAAAGGUUCAGUGAAUUUAAAAAAGAAGAAAGAAAUCUCAGAAUGAAAUUGUUCUGAUUCUUUGUUGUUUUCAUAGUAAAAUGUUACAUUGCAUCUACUUUUGUUUCCCUUCACAAAUCCAUUGCCGAGUAUUUAGUUGAAAUGUGUUUUUUUUGCAGUCUCAACCAUAGAUUUUUGUAAAAAAAAAAAAAAAAAAACAUUCUUAAGAUCGGUUAAAUGGUUUCCUUGUGUUUUAGGGUUACCUAAUUGCUGUCUCUUUAAAGGGACCACACAUUGAGUUGGUGGGGAUUAAGCUGCAACUUUGGUGUGAUUUUGAGCAGCUCUGGUGGCAUAAAAUAUUCAAAGUAAAAUGUGAAGUGCCUUCCUUUGCUGCAGCAGGUGUGUAAGAAAGACAAUAAAAGAGGCUACAGUCGCUCUGAUUGGCCGGUUCGGAGUGCGAAUGAAAGCAGGUCAGGAUACAAGAGGCCUUGAAAGGACGAUUAAAGGUUUCACACCGUCGGCCAUGGAAAAACACAAAUGAGAUAUUCCAGGAAGAGCAGAAUGAGACGCUACUUUUGUGGAAGAGCAAAAAUGUCAGAAACCGCACAAUAAUCUUUUCUAGCCGUCGGUUUAGUUUGAGUUUUUUCCCUCACAUUUUGUAAUUUUAAAACCACUCAUGUUUUGUCACAUUUCAAAUAAAGUGGCUCAUAAUCAAA